UAAUGUGAGAUUAAAAGUGUUUAUUUUGAGAUGGGAUGCAAAAAGUUGUUGGUGCCGGAGGUGAUUUCAGAUUUCGCUUCGAUUCCUUUGGAUUUUCUGUGAAUUGCGACGCUGCUCGAACUCGAUGCAAUUGUCUUUCCAAACUGUGCUCUCUACGCCAUGUAUGGCGAAUCGGUUGGAGUAGCUUAUUCCUUCUUCCGAUCGAUCAGAACCCCAGUGAAAGCCAGAGAGAAAAUGAAUACUUUGGUUUGCUGAUCUUUGAUAGGAGAGGAGAGGAGAGGAGAGGAGAGAAGAGCAAGGAAAUGGGCCUUUUGGAGGCUUCAAUUUUGCAUCACCUCUGCAUUGUGCUUCUUCUGAUUUGGUUCCUUUCUUCCUUCUUCAACUGUCGCCACCCUCUCGUCUUCUUCCUUUCUCUGAUCUACCUCUAUCUGGUCCACGAGCGGUAUGUGAUGCGGCUUCGGAGAAAACUGAGGUUCCAGGAAAGAAGGCGCUCGAAUCAGAGACGAGUACUUGCUGAUUCUGAAACUGUCAGAUGGUUGAACCAUGUGGUAGAAAAGAUUUGGCCUCUUUGUAUGGAGCAUAUUGUUUCACAGAAAAUUCUAGUACCUAUAAUACCUUGGUUCUUGCACAAGUUCAAACCAUGGACUGUGAGAGAAGCCAUUCUUCGGCAUCUAUAUAUGGGACGAUCACCUCCUGUGUUUACAGACAUGAGGGUCCUCCACCAAUCCAAUGCUGAUGACCACUUGGCUUUGGAGUUGGGAAUGAAUUUUCGGACUGCAGCUGAUAUGAGUGCAGUGCUUUCUGUGAAACUGAGAAAUAGAUUGGGUUUUGGGAUGAAGACAAAGUUGCAUCUGGUGGGAAUGCAUGUUGAAGGGAAGGUCUUGAUUGGGUUAAAGUUCCUUCCCCACUGGCCUUUCCUUGGUCGUUUGCGGGUAUGCUUUGUUGAGCCACCAUAUUUUCAGAUAACUGUGAAACCUAUUUUCAAUCGGGGUGUUGAUGUCACAGAACUCCCAGGGAUUGCUGGAUGGUUGGAUAAGCUUCUGGCUCUUGCGUUUGAGCAGACACUAGUUGAGCCCAAUAUGUUGGUUAUUGACAUGGAGAAAUUCAUUUCACCACAUGCAGAAAAUUGGUUUUCUGUGGAUGAGAAGGAGCCAGUUGGUUAUGCCUUGGUGGAAAUUAUUGAAGCAGCUGACAUGAAGCCAUCAGAUUUAAAUGGAUCAGCUAAUCCAUAUGUAAAAGGGAAACUUGGUCCUUACAGAUUCAGGACUAAGACGCAAAGGAAAACUUUGGCUCCAAAAUGGCGUGAGGCAUUUAAGGUUCCCAUUUGUACAUGGGAAUUGCCUAAUGUGCUAACUAUUGAAGUGCGUGACAAAGACCAUUUUAUUGAUGAUACCCUUGGAGAUUGUUCAAUAACAAUCAGCAACCUUAGGGGCGGGCAAAGACACGACAUGUGGUUGCCUCUUCAGAACAUCACAACAGGCCGAUUGCAUCUUGCCAUAACUGUUGAAGUCAAUAAAAAGGGACCAGAUCAGCCAACCGACAAUGAAUCAUUCAGUGACAAUACAGAUAAAAAUAUCGCUGCAAAUGAGACUUCUGACAAGGGUUCUAUUUCAUGUGGAUGGUCCAAGGAGGCAACAAAAGCAGCAGAUAAGUUUGAACCCAUUAACAUUGAAGGGCAACAACAAACUGGGAUAUGGGCCCCUCACCCAGGGAGUGAAGUUCCACAAACGUGGGAGCCUAGAAAGGGGAGGAGGAGGAUUCUUGACGCACAAAUUCAUGGGGAGGGUAGUGAUCAUAGGGGAAGGUUCAAAACAUUAGCUUUGGGAUGCAAUAUUGAUGACAGUAGCAGCACUGAUGAAGCCCAGGAAGGUAGUAAGGGAAGUCCAUCGAACAAAGUGCUGAGGAGCCUGCACAAUAUAGGUUCCAUAUUUCAGAAGAAUUGCAGAAAAGAGGACAUAUCCAGCAGCGUUGAAGAGCCAGUUUCAUCUCCACAUCCUAAUCUGAAGCCAGUCAAUACAGAGGACACUGGCGUGAAGCUUACAAUAGAGGAGGACAAGCCUUCCGUGGAGGUUCCAAAGUCAGAAGGUAUGGGGAAUCCAGAAGGAAGUGACAUGGAGAGCUCACACAAGACGCAUGUGAAGGACAUGGCAAAGAGCAUCUUUAAGCAUGCGGGGAAAUCUGCCCGUGGCAUCAGGAAUGCACUUUCUCAUAAAUGGUCAAAGAAGUACCAAGGUGAUUCAGGGUCAGUGUUGAUGGAGAGAGAGAUAUCUGUGCAGUCAGAGUCUUCUUCUGAUGAAGAAUCUUCUCCAUCAUCAUUUCCAACUUCCAGAGGGAUUCAAGUUGUUUCCAGAGACAUAUCCAGCUAUGGUAAUGAUUCUUAUCAACCCGGAGAACUUGAUGACCAAGAUAAUCAAAAUAAUUUCAAAAUGAACAUUCGGGAUCCAAUAAACCAGGUCAAUCCCAGAGAUGAUGGGGCGAUGGGUGUCUACUUAUCAGCUAGCUCCAGCGAAAAUGACGAUACACUAGUUGUUAAGGAGUUCCCAAAACCAAAGAUUUCAGAGGAAAAUUUGGAGAAUAGAUGACAGAUGAGAUCUCUCCCUUGUAGAAAUCUUGUAUGUGCUAGUGUAUAGUCAAAAUUUUUGAAUUUUGUUUCGAGUGAAGAUGAUGAGGCAAUGCUCAAUCUAGUUGCAUCUUUUAGAUCGCUCCAACUAGACAGGAACUUCAUGCUAGGUUUGGUUGUUGAUAUCGUUUCUUCUCAUAGUUUACAUGCGAUGAUUUAUGAGUGAGUGAUUACAUUCAUGUUUGGGAAAUUAUUAUUCCAAAAUAUUUCCACCCCACAACCCUAACUUGUGAAUUUUGCUCAGAAAUUAUAGUGAUAGAUAUCAUUCAUUUGGCUA